AUCGACGUUAAACCCUAAAAAUUGCCCUCUGUUUUUCAGAGCAGCCAUCGACAGGUGAAUAAGUCUCGAUUUUGGGUUUGCUCUGUAGUCUCCAUCAUGAUGAUCAACGGUAGGCACAGGAACAAGUACGCCUGGAAACCCAACGCCGGCGUCAAAGUCAACGAAACGGAGGUCGGAGGCCGGUUCCGGCCGCUGUCGGAGAUAACCGGCGUCUGCCAACGCUGCAAGGAACAGAUCGAGUGGAAACGCAAGUACGGCAAGUACAAGACCCUAACGGAACCGACCAAGUGCCAACGUUGUACCAAGCGCAACGUCCGACAGUCCCACCACAAGCUCUGCCAGCCUUGCGCCAAGGAACACGGCGUCUGCGCCAAGUGCUGUUCUCGUAACGAACGGAUUGUCGGGAAAGACCCUGCCGAGGUUGAAGCCGAACAGAAGGAGCUACAAGAGGCGAUUAAAAAUGCGAGAGAAAGAGAUAGGAGGACUUUAUUACGAGCUAUGAAUGCAGGUAAGGCGAUGAAGGGUGCAACUGAGAAAGAAGAGAAGGAAGACAAGGCUGGGGAUUCGGCGCUCUCUGCUUCACUAGAGGAACAUGCAGCUAGAGAUGAUGAUGGUGAUUCAGAUGGUGAUGAUGAUGAUGAUGAAGAAGAAGUAGAAGAAGAUGAGGAGGAGGAGGGUGUUCGUAAUUAACAUAGGUGCGGUUCUUUGUAUUAUCAGUCACAUUGUGGACAAAAUGAGAAGUAACAAUCUUCAAACCAUAUGAAGAUCUUGAAGAGUUUAAUAGCUUUUAAUGUUUUGAUCAGUUUUGUACAAGUGCGUCUGCACUCUGGAAAUGUUGUUUAUGUGUUUAUUUAUCAAUGGAGUUGAAUAUUAGUUUCUA